UUCUUCCUAUGCAGACAGACACACAACAUGGCGGACUAGAAUAGUCGGCCGACGCGCCCGGAUACAGCGGAUAAACCGUGGGAUUUUACCCUCCAGGAAGGCCGUGAAAGUCCCCUCUGAAGGCACGGUGGGGUAUGGUGAAUUGAGGAUCUUUUCGGGGGGUGCCUUCUUUGGUUCGGAUUUUUACACAUAAAGUGAGUGCGAAGUGUUGGCCGUGAGUCCCGGACCGAGCUUCCCUCCUCUGCUAUCACCCAGGUCCCCCCACCCCGCUCACACUCUCGGUUCCUGGGGUGUGGAGACAGGGGCCGGGGUUGGAAAAAAAAACGUGGAAGAGAAAGAAAGAACGCGUCAAUUCCUUCUCUGGCCUUUUUUAUUUGCCGUCAAGUUUCCUCUGGGCGCUACAGGAGUUGUGGACCACGCUGUGCGAAUGAGUGAUUGAUGCCAACUUCGCUCCUUCAGGGCAGAAUGGGUGUGUGUCCCCUGCUCCUGCUGUUUGGUCUAGUCCUCGGGGCCUCAGCCCAGGAUAAUGUCCCCAUCACAAGUCCUCCAAAUAUCACUGCCAAACCCACAGACCCCCCAGUCGCACCCUUCCUCAAUAUUACACUUGCGGACACACAAGCCCCCACAGCUCCACCCACCACACUCACCCUGACAACCACCCCAGUGACAACAACAACAACAACGUCAACUCCCACCACGCCCUCAAGCUCAGCAGGGGAUGACAGCGUACAGCCGUCGGGUCCCAAUGGUACCGUGCGGUUGGUGCCGGUCCCGCCUCCUCCACCUCCAGCUCCAACCGAUGUCCCUCAGACGCCGUCAAGCACCAGCCUCCCGCCACCGCCGCCUGUCACACCAGCUCUGGAUACGGAGGACAAUGGGAAUGCCUCGUCAGCCCCAGAUACCCCAACUCCAGAAACAUACCCAGAUGACGGGGACUACCAGAUAGAGACAGAGACCACCACAGAACCAGGCACGGAGUUCACCUCACAUGCCAGCCCGCAUGACAACAACCCGUCUGAAGACAUGCCCAUCAUAGCCGUGAUGGUGGCCCUGUCCUCUCUGUUGGUCAUCAUAUUCAUCAUCAUCAUCCUCUAUAUGCUCAGGUUUAAAAAGUACAAACAGGCGGGAAGCCACUCGAACUCCUUCAGGCUGACCAACGGCAGAUCAGAUGAUACAGAACUUCAGAGUGUGCCGCUAUUGGCCCGUUCGCCAAGCACAAACAGGAAGUACCCGCCCCUUCCUGUCGACAAGCUGGAGGAAGAAAUGAACCGCCGUAUGGCUGAUGACAACAAGCUCUUCAGGGAGGAGUUUAAUGCACUACCAGUCUGCCCCAUCCAAGCAUCAUGUGACGCUGCUUCCAAAGAAGAGAAUAAAGAAAAGAACAGAUAUGUCAACAUCCUGCCAUAUGAUCACUCCAGGGUCCAUCUGUCAUCUCUGGAAGGAGUCCCUGACUCUGACUUCAUCAACGCCUCCUUUAUAAAUGGCUACCAAGAGAAGAACAAGUUUAUUGCAGCUCAAGGACCCAAGGAGGAAACGGUAAAUGACUUCUGGCGGAUGAUCUGGGAGCAGAACACAGCCACCAUCGUCAUGGUGACCAAUCUGAAAGAGAGAAAAGAGUGUAAGUGUGCCCAGUACUGGCCGGACCAGGGCUGUUGGACAUAUGGGAACAUCCGCGUGUCUGUAGAAGACACAAUGGUUCUAGUGGACUACACCAUUCGCAAAUUCUGCAUACAACAGGUGGGGGACGUAUCUGGGAAAAAGCCUCAGAGGCUUGUCACCCAGUUCCACUUCACUAGUUGGCCAGACUUUGGGGUGCCCUUUACCCCUAUUGGCAUGCUCAAGUUCCUCAAAAAAGUCAAAACUUGCAACCCGCAGUACGCCGGGGCCAUUGUGGUCCACUGCAGUGCGGGCGUGGGGAGAACAGGCACCUUCAUUGUGAUCGAUGCCAUGUUGGACAUGAUGAUCGCUGAGAGGAAGGUGGACGUGUUUGGUUUCGUCACCAGGAUCAGAGCCCAGCGCUGUCAGAUGGUGCAGACCGAUAUGCAGUAUGUGUUCAUCUUCCAGGCGUUGUUAGAACACUACUUGUAUGGAGACACAGAGCUGGAGGUGACCUCUCUGGAGUCCCAUCUAGCCAAACUGUACGCUCCCUCACCUGGAGCUGGCUGCAGUGGUCUGGAGGCUGAAUUCAAGAAACUGACAUCCAUCAAAAUUCAGAAUGACAAGAUGAGAACAGGCAACCUGCCAGCGAACAUGAAGAAGAACAGAGUCCUACAGAUCAUUCCAUAUGAGUUCAACAGAGUGAUCAUUCCAGUCAAACGUGGAGAGGAAAACACUGACUAUGUCAAUGCCUCUUUCAUUGAUGGAUACCGCCAGAAAGACUCAUACAUGGCCAGUCAGGGUCCCCUGCAGCACACCAUAGAGGAUUUCUGGAGGAUGAUCUGGGAGUGGAGAAGCUGCUCCAUAGUCAUGCUCACUGAGCUGGAGGAGAGAGGGCAGGAAAAGUGUGCUCAGUAUUGGCCCAGUGAUGGAGUUGUGGUCUAUGGGGACAUCUCCAUUGAGCUGAAAAGGGAGGAGGAAAGCGAGAGCUACACAGUGCGUGACCUCCUGGUCACCAACAACAGGGAGAACAAGGCUCGAGCGGUGCGUCAGUUCCAUUUCCAUGGCUGGCCAGAGGUGGGCAUCCCCACUGACGGUAAAGGCAUGAUUAACAUCAUUGCUGCAGUGCAGAAACAACAGCAGCAGUCUGGCAACCACCCUAUCACUGUGCACUGCAGUGCUGGUGCAGGACGGACAGGGACGUUCUGUGCACUGAGUACGGUCCUGGAGAGGGUGAAGGCAGAAGGCAUCUUGGAUGUCUUCCAGACAGUCAAGAGUCUCAGACUGCAGAGACCCCACAUGGUGCAGACACUGGAGCAGUACGAGUUCUGCUACAAAGUGGUCCAGGAAUAUAUUGAUGCCUUUUCCGACUAUGCCAACUUCAAGUAGGGACCUGCCAUGGGUGGACGUCAUCCUACACAUCAUACAAGCAUACGCACCCACCAAAACACACAUUACAUUACCAUGCAGAAAGCAGCAUAUUCCCAUCUGACAGACUUCAUAAAAGUGACUCAUCAUGACUUGAUCUGCGGAUGGGAUGAACUGCCUGAUGGAAAAGGGAACGGAGGUCUCGGCCCAGAGAACAGGGCAAUGCAGUUGGACAGAAAAUAACGGAGAUGCCUUCUUGAAUAUUUUGUAAUAUUGGUCUUGUUAAUACAGCCCUUCUCCUGUGUUUCCUUUCCCUCUCUUCUCCCUAAUAUGUAUAUAAACUUACUGUGUUGCAUCUUAUUACUUUGGUUUCAGACACAGUUUUCAGUUUGGCUGCAUUUUCGGGUGGCACCUGUAAUGUAUUUUAUUGGUAUAUAUAUAAAUAUAUAAAUAUAUAUGAAUAUUAAUUGAAUGCUUUAGAGGCUAAUGUAAAAAAAAUCUAGAGUCAAGUUUUGGAUUUCUUUUUUUAUUUUGAGGGACAGAGACUUAAAAGGUUUUGGCUUUGUCAGAGCCGUGCUGUAGCGACGUGUGGCAGCAGAACACAGUUUCUGCAUUAACAGACAAGAGCUGGACUGUUCUUCACUCCCAGACAUUUAUACAGCACACACACACACACACACACAAACAGAGCCAUUUUUUGUCACUUAAAGCCACUUGCAAUGUCUCCCCUUUACGUUUCAGGGGUCAAUCAUGAUUGAAGAGCAGAACGUAGCUCAUAGUCUCAGGUUGAUACGAACAUACACAUUGAAAACCAGGAGCCAUUUGUUUUUAAGGGACAUCUCUGUGUGUGUUUAAACUGGAUAAGCUGGCAGAGGGGGCACAUCACUGUCCUCUAUCUGCUGAGUGCCAAAGUCUAUCACUCACGUGAUGUUGCAGCUCUGAGACUCUACCAACCAUGUUUAGACAUUCAGGACAAGACAAAUGUUUUACUGUGCAAGAAUCUUUACCAAACACUUUCCUCAGCUAGGGCAGAAAAUUGGAGAGGUUGAAAUUCAGUAGUUUUACCCAGUAUACGUUUUAGAAUUGGUCAUAUUAAACUAACUUUAUUUUAUUCUAUAGGUCUGUUACAGAACAGUCAAAUCCCAAACAGAGACUUGGAAAACACUCCAUUAUUACAUACUAGAAAUCUAUAAAUGUUAUAUACCCAUCAUAUUGCGUUUUGUUUACAGACACAUGUCAGUAUUUCUUGUAGAUUGUAUUAAUUUCUUUUCUGUCUGGGUUUUUUUUGAGUCUGCUUGAAUAUUUUUUUAUAUCAGCUUCACAUCACUACGCUGUAUUGUCACACUUUUAAACAAUAAUUCCCUUUUAUUUUCUACCAUGAACACUGAUGCAGAAGAAUGUUUCUUUUUAGUCCAAUGCUGUUGCUAACAUACUCCUCAAACAUGGAUUCUUUGUUACUUUAAUAGUGAAGGUGUGCCAUACAUUGUUUGCUCUGAUAUUUUGGCUGUCCUAUGAGGACAUUCACACUUGAACUACUUUUUUUUUUUUUUUUUUUUUUUUUAUGAGGUCAUACAUUGAGGCCGUGCCCUUUAAGAUUGUAAUGAAAGAUGAAUGAUGUCAGUAAACCACAGGGCUUUAGGUCAGUCCUAGUGUAAAGUCAGUCACCUCAGGAAAUGACUGAUGUCAGGAUUGUUUAAAUUGUCCAAAUUGAACAAAUUCAAGAGGAGUAUUAAAUAACCUCACCGCUGAGUUUCUGUGAAACAGUUUUAGACGAAUAAGAAGGGUUAAUGACUUACAUUUAAGGUGGUCUGUCAUGUCAUGGAUGAUGAUUUUUAAUAGCUUUUAAUUCUACUAAAUGAAAACAUGUUUUUCUUUUUAAUUAGUUGUAAUCAUUUCGCUAUAGAUUUUACUUUAAGAACCCCACAACUGUAAAAAGAAAAAAAAAAAAUCUCUGACAGCCAGCAUUUAUGAUUACUUCUACUAAUGACAGGAGCACAAUCAAGUUAAAUGAAAUCAUAGUUGACAAAGUCAUUAGUACAUGCUGAAUUUUCAAAAAGGGUGGUUGCAUCAGAUUCGAUUGUUGAACACUCACGCACUAUUUGCACGAAACACAAAGCCCUAAAAAAAAAAAAAAAAAAAAAAAAAGCAUAGAAACCGAAAGACAAAAUAAGUACUUCAGUAAAGCAAGAGCAAUAUAGGGAUGUUAUGGAUGCAUUCAGUAGCUCUUUCAGGUCUCGCAGCCCUGCAUUCAGCCUUUUAUUAGGCUCUGUUAGGGACUUAAAGUAGCAGAUAUUUCAACUGACCGGUCACUGAAACUUUGGCAGUUUGUGCUUCGUCAUCAUCAUUUCAGGUCGUCUGUUUCCCCAAAGCAUCACAAGUGCCCGCACUAUUAGUUAGGUGCCAUUUUGUUCUUUGUGUGUUGACUUUGUCACUUAUCAGGCCUUUGAGUAACAGAGGAGGACACACUUUUUUUUUUGGGAUGAUCAGUCUGUUUGGUUUUGCUGAAAUGAUGCAGGUUUAUUAUGUUUGGGCAACGUCAUCACUUCCUUUCAUGUAUUUUGACAGCAAAUCUAACACUGUGCCAACCUAUGAGACACAAUAUUAGGUUUUAGUGAGUUAAAAAAAGUGCCUCAUUGGUAGGUUUUAAAGAAUAAUUACCUUUUACCUACAAUAUUUACCUGAACCACAGAAGUUGCCCUUUGCAUUUAAAGUCAGGCAUCACCUGCAGACUGAUGAGAAAUCUGUGCAUGACAAAUCGAUGGGGGUAAAA